UACUAGUUCGGUACGCUAGCAGCGCUUUAAAUUCUUUAAAUAAAAUUUGCAAAAAAUGAAAACCUUCGUUGGAAUUUUGACAUUGGUGGCAGCUACUUCAGCAGCAAGUUUAGCCUACUAUGCACCUGCACAACGUUCAUAUCCUGUAAUAUACAGCGCUCACAGCUCUGGAUUAGUAACACCCACACAACAGCAGUAUCAUUCACAGGACGAUCUUGGACAGUACUCAUUCGGUUACAGGGAACCAUUAUCAGCUAAACAGGAAGUGCGUUCCUUGGAUGGUGUCACUAGAGGCGCAUAUAGUUACAUUGAUGCUGAAGGUAAAUUACAGACAGUUCAGUAUACUGCUGAUGCUGAUGGAUUUCAUGUAGCUGCUACGAAUUUACCGAAAGCUGUGAACGUGCCUAAUUUUCGUCGCCAAAGUGCGCACAUUCCAGUUACCAACAAUGUUCCAGUUGCCGACAAUGUUCCAAUUACCGACACUAUUCCAGCUACCGACAAUGUCGCAGUUGCCUCAGCCCGUGCAGUUCACUUGGCAGGUAAUCAACAGGCUGGGUUGUACAUGGCAGAACCUAUCACCAAUAGUCUCAAGUCCACCGGAAUGGACGCAAAUGACAGCAAUUUGGAAUUGUCUAACACCGUGGCAGAUACCCCCGAGGUGGCCUUGGCCAAGUUAGAGCAUUUAAAGCGUAUCGAAUAUGAAAAGGAGCGUAACGCUUUAUUAAGCCAUUCUAAAUUAUAUACCGCAUCAACAUUCAUACCAACAACACUCAUAACAGUAGCAUACGCAGCCGAUAGUGGAUAUUACUAUCCUAAGCCAGCUGUAAGAACGCCUUUAAUAUUAACAACGACCAAUGUUAAUACACAGCAAUACCAUACACAAGAUACACUUGGGCAAUAUUCUUAUGGCUACACAGAACCCUUGUCCACCAAACAAGAAGUACGCACCUUGGAUGGUGUCACACGUGGUACCUACAGUUACACCGAUGCAGCUGGUAAAUUGCAAACUGUCAACUAUAUAGCCGAUGCCGAUGGCUUUCGCGUAGCUGCCACAAAUUUGCCACAGCCAGUACCUAUACCAGCAACCAAGGCACUUAAACCAGUAGAAGAUACACCUGAGGUGGCUGCUGCACGUGCUCAACAUUUGGCAGCGUACAAAGCUGUGGAAUUAAGUUUAGCAAAAACUGCUUCACAGGAAAUUGCUUUAACCAAACAACAAAGUGCGAGUCUCAUAAGCAAAUCCGGACUACCUCUUCCAGUGCAGGAUACUCCUGAGGUCACUGCUGCCAAGCUCGACUUCUUCAGUCGCUACGAAGAAGAGAAGCUACGACAUAAAUUAUUACGAGAGAAACAAAGUGCUACAAAAGUUUUUGUAAAAUCGCAACCAUUUAUUGUACAGAGUUACCAACCCCAAAUAUUGCCAAGCAAUGGUUAUCACUAUUUUUACAAUUAUCCUGUGGUACCAGCUUUAAAUCGUAAUUAUUUGCCAGUUUUUUAG